AUGGAAGCUAUCAGAAAGCAAGCCUCCAAGCUUCGAGAACAGGUCGCUCGCCAGCAACAGGCUGUGCUUAAACAAUUUGGGGCUGGGGGAUAUGGAGGUUCAGAUAAUAUGGUUACUGAUGAAGUAGAGCUUCAACAACAUCAGAAACUUGAGAAGCUUUACAUAUCAACACGUGCUGGAAAGCAUUAUCAAAGGGAUAUUGUCCGUGGUGUGGAAGGUUAUAUUGUAACUGGAUCCAAGCAAGUUGAAAUAGGAACUAAGUUAUCAGAAGAUAGCCGAAAAUAUGGUGCAGAUAAUACAUGUACCAGUGGUAGUACAUUAUCUAGAGCUGCACUAAACUAUGCACGGGCCCGUGCGCAAAUGGAGAAGGAGCGUGGGAGCUUAUUGAAAGCACUUGGAACACAGGUUGCGGAGCCAUUAAGAGCAAUGGUGAUGGGAGCACCAUUGGAGGAUGCCCGGCAUCUUGCACAACGAUAUGACAGAAUGCGGCAGGAAGCCGAAGCUCAGGCUAUUGAAGUUUCCAAACGCCAGGCAAAAGUAAGAGAAACACCUGGCAAUACUGAGAAUGCUAUGAAGCUGGAAGCAGCUGAAACAAAGCUGCAAGACCUUAAGACAAACAUGGCCAUAUUGGGAAAAGAAGCAGCUGCUGCUAUGGCUGCUGUUGAAGCACAGCAACAGAGGUUAACCCUCCAGCGUCUUAUAGCUAUGGUUGAAGCAGAGCGUGCCUAUCAUCAAAGAGUACUCCAAAUACUUGAUCAGCUCGAGGGAGAUAUGAUAUCAGAGCGACAACGAAUUGAAGCUCCUCCUACACCUAGUGUGGAAAACAGCAUGCCACCACCUCCAGCAUACGAAGAAGUAAAUGGUGUAUAUGCUUCGCAAGCACAUAAUGGCUCAACGGAUAGUAUGGGUUACUUCUUAGGAGAGGUUUUAUUUCCCUACCAUGCUGAGUCAGAAGUGGAACUGAAUCUAUCAGUUGGGGAUUAUAUUGUUGUUCGAAAGGUGACGAACAAUGGAUGGGCUGAGGGUGAGUGCAAAGGGAAAGCAGGUUGGUUUCCAUUUGGUUACAUUGAAAGAAGGGAGCGAGUCCUUGCAAGCAAGGUGGCUGAAGUUUUUUGA